GCAGAGAGGCACAGAGAGGAAAGAGAGAGAGAGUGAGAGAGUGCGAGGGUGCCUGUCGGUUCUCUCUGGCCCCGCGGCGUGCUCCUCUCUGUGCUGCAGCUGCCCACGGGCCCCAAGCAGCCCUGACCACUGCUGCCCGCUUCCCACUUGCCUCCACCCGGGGCUGCAGAUGGGCUCGGGGUCAGGGCAGAGCAGGAUGCUCCCUUUGCUCCAGGCCUUUCAGAACAGCUGAGCCCACACUCCCCAGGCUUCUGGGCAUGAAGAGCUCCUGAAGAGACCUCUUCCCUUAGGGCUGGAGCGGCUGUGUCUCUCACCUCUUUGCCCAGAGGUGGCAAGUACCUUCCUCCCAUCCCCAGAUUCUGACCCACUCAGGGGAGCAUCUGGGUUUAGAAGGAGAUCGAGCUCUUCUCCCUUUGCAUGCAUGGUCAGCUGCAGCCAGAGCUCUGCCGUUAGAGUAUCACUCCUCACCUGACCAGGUAAUGGCUGCCAUGUUCUUUCCCAGUCUCUUCUCUGCCCUUGGCUGUGCUGAUGGGGCUACUUACAUGCAUACAUACAUACACACGUGCACAUGCUCACAGACGGGGCUGUGCAAGCUCAGGAUCUGCUCUCCACCCCCUCACAUUGCACUCUUCCUGAGCUGCAGCCUCCCAGAGGUGGCAGAGCAUUUCCAGAGCAGACACAGCUCUGCUUUGUCUCACUGCUGUCUCCAGGGCCAUGCAGGGCUCCUCCUGCUGCACUGCAGCUUGGGUCCCUGGAAUGAUCCAAGUUGAUCCCCUGUGCCAUGGGCCAGGGAGCAGAGACCUGCAAACCAGAUCCUCCCAGUCUGUGGUCAGACAAGGUGUUCCCUCGAUCCCACUGCCCAUCCUGCACAAUCAGGCAUAGCCCAGGCUGCUCCCUGCAUCACUCCAUCCUCCCUGCUGCCCUGAGAUGCCCAUCACUAGGCCAACCAGCUCUUCUGAAAGGUGCAGGAGGGAGUGUCCUGCCAGGCUGGAGCUGCCUUCCCUACCUUCCCACUGCCAUCCUGGCUGUCCUACACAGUGGGUCCUCCACUCCCACUGCUUUUCUCUUCAUGACCCCAUGUUUGGUGGGUCUGGCACAGCUGGGCUCAGAGGUUUGGGGAGCUCUUUCCUUCCAGCGACUAUUCUUUUUCCUUCCCCCUCUGAAUUCUGUCGUUUGGUUUCUUUGCUUUGCUUUUCCUGUCGCUGUCCUGGCUAUUCACACGCCAUCUCUCUGAGUGCCAAGGCUGCCUCUGAAAGGGCUGGCGCAUUAAGGAGUCUCUGCACGCUGCCUCCGGCGCAGGCUGUGCCAGCGACACCGAGCCACUUCAAAGUGCUUCCUUCCCUGGCCCCUCUGGGACUGGAGUCCCCAUGGGAGCUCCUGAGGGCCUGGGUUAAGGCAGGAGAAGGGGUGGCACAAGGCACGAUGAAGCACCUCAGGCACAUUCUCCCUCUGGUUUUGCCCUGCGGCAGCUCUGCUCGAUGGCACUUCCUUUGCAGUCUCUCCGUGGAUGCAUUUGGUGGCCCAACUGCGGGUCCCCGCGUGGAAGAGGCUCUCAGGGAGCUGGCGGGGAUGUGCCUCUGCCCCGCUGACUCAUGGACAGGCAGAGCCAGCGAUUUGGGCACCCAGGCGUGACACACGGAGGAUUAAAGCACCCAGACGCUGCUGCUGCCCUUCAGCUCCGGCCACUGCACUGGUGUCUGUUGACUCGAAUUAAUUGAAUAACUUGUGAAGAGGCACUGAGGCUUCCCCUCUCCCCCGCACCCUCCCCGCUUCUGUUUAGCUCGGAAUGUCCUGGGGAUGCAGUGUGAGGAUAACACACCCGCAGUGCUUGUUUGUUCAGACUUGGUGCCAUUUGACCAUUGACUUGUUCAGGAAUACUCCCGAUUAUUAUUUCUAAGGCCAUUUUGUGUGUGACCGGUCAAUAAGCUCUCCUCUCACAGAGCAGGAGGCCGUGUGCUGUGUCGGUGGUUUGGAAUGCCUCAGCUCCCACCUUGCCGUGGCUGUCAUUUCAUAGCAGCCAAAGGGCUGAGAAUUUGUCAGCACUUAUCCCUGCCUCCACAGGACAAAAAAUGCCCCUGUCUCCCAUUUGGGCGCAUACUGGUCCCUCUCUUGGGCAGGGCAGCAGUGCCUUGGGAUUAAUUAGCCGUGCUCUGUGCAGAGGAUCUGCCAGCGCCUAGCUCAGCUGCUGCUCGUGUUUUGCUGUGAAAAUGAAGCUCUGCCCACCAGAGAGCGCGUACGUGCACACAGCGUAGGGUCUAUGGAUGCCUCUCUGGCAUGGCUGGGGACUCGCUGCCACCUCUGUGCCCUGCUACUUCAGAGUGCGACGCUCAGAAGUGAGACUCACCAUUUGUGCCAGCCCGGGUGCUUUUGUGGAGCUCCUGGAGGAUGGAAAUGGCUCCCCCGCAUUGCUCAGGGGCAGGGAGGGACGGGGCAGCAUGGAGGAAAGGCUCCGUGGAUGCCACUGGAUGCAGCUCCUGCUCCUCUCUUAGCUGAGCACGAUGGCUGUAAGCAGCUGAGAUCCCUGCCCUCUUUAUCGCUGUUUGCACUGGCGUCAGCACUAUUGCAACAGUUUGCUUAAGAUAGUAUAAAUCUGGUGCAGAUGCUCCUGUUUAAGGAAAACUGAUUUUAUUUUUUUUUUUUUUACUAAACUUGAGCUUAAAUCUUCCUAGGGACUUCAGAUAAGAGCAUACAUCCUUCCUAUCAGCCUGAACAGUGUCACUCCACAGUCAGCUUUCAGUUAAGCAGCGUAACAGGCACUCACACGAGGUGAGCAGAAUGAAUUUUUGAUGGGCGAGGAGAGCAGGAACCACAAGAGCUUUGUUUUUUUCCCAGCACCAAGAAGCUCAAAGCAAGGCAGGGCCCUGAGGGCGGCCAGGAUGGCAGCACUGGGCUGGGGGCUGCAGCCUACAGCAAUGCAAAGAAUAUCUCACAGCAGUGGCCUUGAAUGCAGUAAAAGCAGACAUAGGGAGGUGAGAGAGCAAAGUGCAAGAAAGGCGUGGAAGCACUUAAUCUGUAAUUUCUCUUAUGAGCUGUGGAGCAAUGGUGGGUAGUUGUAGAGGUGAGUGACAGAGCUGGACUUGUUACAGCUGUGUUAUCAGCUGCUGGCAGAAAGGCUGCUUGGCUGCAGAAACUGCUGCUGGCAGGAGCAGGACCCCCAAAACACUGCCAUCCUGGCACCAUGCUGCCAGUGGGGAUGGUUCUGGGUUUGCACUCACCUCACAGACAUCCCAUCUCUUUUCAGAGUCCCCCAGUGCAUCACUUUCACCCCAUUUCCCAUUGUUGCUUUCCAAUGUUCUCUGAAGUUGCCUCCUCCUUACGAGGCUCGGGUUCUUUCAGCCUUAUUAUCCCUGCCUUCACCGAUCCCCACGCUGCCAGGGCAGCUGCCCUCAUCCAGAUCCAUCCCCAUGCAGUAUUCCCAUCAGAGAGUACCCACUGCCCUCCCACAGCUCGGAAGCACAGGGCAGAUGAAGGAUUGCUGCCUGUAGCAUUCAUUAGAGAAAAUCCCUCUCCCUGUGCAUUACCAGGAGGCAGGAGCAGUGCUGCACAGGUUCAUUGCUUAAGUGCUUUCUGGGCUUGCAGCUCUCUAACAAAGAUGCACUCGGUCAAGCCUGAAGCCUCCACUCCAGCUCCUGCCUGCAGUCAGGCUGGGGCCUCUGUGUGUGGCGGGGUGCAGCAGGACAGAGGCAUUGAGGCUGUGUGGGCUGAGGCUGGAGGAGGCAGGAGUGCUGGGUUAGAAGGCGAACCUGCAGAACAUCAAGUGCCUCUGGAGAUGUCCCUGCCCCGGGGCAGGCUGCUCUGCCCAACCCGUGCCCAGUAUUUGUCAUGCCUCUCCUUAACCUCCUCCCCAGACCAUCUUCCACUGUUCUUCUGCCCUUUCUGCCAGAAAACUUUUCUUUACUGUCUGCCUUGUGUGGCUCCGCCAGCCACUGCCCAGUGGAGCAGAAGUCACUCCCUUUGUCACUGCUGGGCCUUGCCCUGCCUGGGGAGGCUGCAAGCACAGCUCCCUGCUGUCAGCACUGGCCUCGUCUUCCUCAAACUUUGCUCUCCUGAUGGAUUUCCUAGACAUCUGGUCCUUGCUCCUCUGUCCAGAAAGUCAUGGCACGGAGCACUGUGCUCCCCUCUCAUACCCCAAGUUUGUGCUCUGAGCAAGGAGCCAGCGCUAAGAAACAGGGAGAGGACUUAGCGGAUAAUGACGGGGAUGAAGACGAAGACAUCCGGGACAGCGGGGCCAAGCCAGUGAUGGUGUACAUCCACGGCGGCUCAUACAUGGAGGGCACGGGGAACAUGAUCGACGGCAGCGUCCUGGCCAGCUACGGGAACGUGAUCGUCAUCACGCUCAACUACCGCGUCGGAGUGCUGGGGUUCCUGAGCACAGGGGACCAGGCUGCCAAGGGCAACUACGGGCUGCUGGACCAGAUCCAGGCGCUGCGUUGGGUCAGUGAGAAUAUUGCCUUCUUCGGCGGCGACCCUUUGCGCAUCACCGUCUUCGGUUCCGGCAUCGGCGCCUCCUGCGUCAGCCUGCUCACCCUGUCCCACCACUCAGAAGGUCUCUUCCAGAGAGCCAUCAUCCAGAGUGGCUCCGCGCUCUCCAGCUGGGCGGUGAACUACCAGCCCGUCAAGUACACCAGCAUGCUGGCAGACAAGGUGGGCUGCAACGUGCUGGACACGGUGGACAUGGUGGACUGCCUGCGGCAGAAGAGCGCCAAGGAGUUGGUGGAACAAGACAUCCAGCCGGCCCGCUACCACGUGGCCUUUGGGCCGGUCAUCGAUGGGGACGUGAUCCCAGAUGACCCAGAGAUCCUGAUGGAGCAGGGCGAGUUCCUCAAUUACGACAUCAUGCUGGGUGUCAACCAAGGCGAAGGGCUGAAGUUCGUGGAGGGCGUGGUGGACCCCGAGGAUGGCGUUUCGGGCAGCGACUUUGACUACUCGGUCUCCAACUUUGUAGACAAUCUGUAUGGCUACCCCGAGGGCAAGGACACCCUGCGAGAAACCAUCAAGUUCAUGUACACAGACUGGGCCGACAGGGACAACCCCGAGACGCGCCGCAAGACCCUGGUGGCCCUCUUCACUGACCACCAGUGGGUGGAGCCAUCAGUGGUGACAGCCGACCUGCACGCCCGCUACGGCUCCCCAACCUACUUCUACGCCUUCUACCACCACUGCCAGAGCCUGAUGAAGCCCGCGUGGUCCGACGCGGCCCACGGGGAUGAGGUGCCUUACGUGUUUGGGAUCCCCAUGAUCGGCCCCACAGACCUCUUUCCCUGCAACUUCUCUAAGAACGAUGUCAUGCUCAGUGCUGUGGUGAUGACCUACUGGACCAACUUUGCCAAGACAGGGGACCCCAACAAGCCCGUCCCACAGGACACCAAGUUCAUCCACACCAAGGCCAACAGGUUUGAGGAGGUGGCCUGGUCCAAGUACAACCCCCGCGACCAGCUGUACCUGCACAUCGGGCUGAAGCCGCGGGUGCGCGACCACUACCGAGCCACCAAGGUGGCUUUCUGGAAGCACCUGGUCCCCCACCUGUACAACCUGCACGACAUGUUCCACUACACCUCCACCACCACCAAAGUGCCGCCGCCCGACACCACGCAGAACUCCCACAUCACCCGCCGGCCCAACGGCAAGAUCUGGACCACCAAGCGCCCCGCCAUCUCACCCGCCUACAACAGCGAGAACGGGAAGGAGAAGUGGAGCCCGGAGCAGGAGGCGGGCACCCUGCUCGAGAGCCCCCGCGACUACUCCACCGAGCUGAGCGUCACCAUCGCCGUGGGCGCCUCGCUCCUCUUCCUCAACGUCUUGGCCUUCGCCGCCCUCUACUACCGCAAGGACAAGCGGCGGCAGGACACGCACCGGCAGCCCAGCCCGCAGCGCGGCGCCGCCAACGACAUUGCCCACGCGCCCGACGAGGAGAUGCCAUCCCUGCAGGCCGGCCAGGCGCACCACGAGUGCGAGGCCGUGCCGCCCCACGACACCCUGCGCCUCGCCGCCCUGCCCGACUACACGCUGACGCUGCGCCGCUCCCCGGACGACAUCCCGCUCAUGACGCCCAACACCAUCACCAUGAUCCCCAACUCGCUGGUGGGGCUGCAGACCCUGCACCCCUACAACACCUUCGCCGCCGGUUUCAACAGCACGGGGCUCCCGCACUCACACUCCACCACCAGGGUAUAGCUGCCCGCGGCCGGCGCACACCCAUGCACGCACGCACACGCACUCGGCAGACACUGGCAGAGGGACCGGCGGGAGCCCCCCGGGACAGACAGACAGACGGACGGGUGGCACACACGGACGGUGUGACACCAAGCCCAAACCUGCGGGCGCUGCGCACCGCCGGCCGCCACGCUUCCCUCGGCGCUUUCUUUCAUUCCUUUCUAACUUUGAGAAGUGCUUCAACUCUCCGGCUCCCGGCAGGAGGGCCCCACUGGUGCACCGGGGCUGUGCCCCCCGAUGGGGACACGGCGGCACCCGCGCCCACCGAGCACCCCGAGACGGGCGAGCGGCGGCGCCGGGUAUCCCUCUUGGAGGAGGUUUGGCAUCCAGAGCGCCGUGGAUGAGGCUCCGUCACUGUGCCAUGGUGCUAAGGGCAGAGGCAGCAGGCAGGGACCCGGCCUCGCGCUGGGUGCGGGCGCUGGGAGCCGGGGAGCCGCCCCGCGAUGGAGACGUGGCACCUCUGCCCCCUCUUUGCGCUGCAGAGAAUCUCUUUUGUGUCAGUCGUUUCUCUUUGCAGAGACGUUUUUUAAAGCAGAUCUUUAGUUCUUUACACACUAACGGAGUCGCCGCGUUUUGUCCUUUGUAAAGAUUUUAAACCAAGUGUUCUUGAUAUAAAAUAAAAAGCCAGUUAGAAGAACCCCAGCGUGUGUGCGCGGUGCCGGCCCUGACGCGGCCCCACAGCCCCAGUACCCGUGCACGGGGCCAGCGGGCACCAGGCACCAGGCAGGGCCCUGCCUGCCGCGCUGCGAGGCCGCGCUCUUUUGUAUUUUUGAUAUUCUCCCUCCUCUGUCACCCGUGCCCACGGAUCUCAGCCAAAAAGCCCAAUCCAGGGCCCAGCCACGGGCGCCCCACAGCCCCUCAGCCCCAUCCCAGCCCCCAGUCCAGUGCCACUCUCAGCCCUCUGCGGGGUCGCCCAGUGGGGUUGGAUGCGCGCUGCCAAAACGCAGCCACCCACAGCCACCCUGCCCUGCUCCCCACCUCGCCACCACCCCGUGCAGGGUGUGCCACUGGGGACAGGGCACCCGCCCCGGGGCUGGGGCACCCGCAGAGCCGGCGAUGGCCGCAGGUAGUGGGGAGCUUAGGGCUGGAUGUGGGGAAGGAGCUACCCGGGAGCAGUGAGGGCAGGGGUUGGUUUGGCCCCCAGCGUGGUCACCGUGAGCACAGGAGGGGACGGGUCCUGUGUCCCCGCAGGGAUGCCACCCUCAGCCUCGGUCCGGCUGGCAGACGCUGCCCGCACUGGCAGCCGUGACGCAUCGGUGCCGGCUGACCCCACACAGCCCCACAUGGCCCCACACAGCCUUGGUUUGGGGUGAGGGUGCUGGUUGGAGAAUGUAUUUAUACCCUGUCACCCGCUCAGAGUAACAAAUUCCAAAUAAAACAGAAGUGAUAUUUUUAAUA